CCCCCGCCGUAAAGUAUUUACGUAUUUUCCAACUGCCACUCGAUUCUAUUGGCUCUAACGAUUCAAAAAAGGUGUAAAUCACGCAAAUCGACCAAUGGGUUCCAGAGAUAGGGUCCUGCGUAAGUGUACAUCAGGCCAGUAUAUGCUGCUUACCCACAGUCCUGCUACGUUUUUGACGCAGCAGAACCACAUUGAGAGGAGCGCAGAGAACGGCAGAUCAGCGGCACAGCGAGACAGCAGGAUUAGCAGCGAAACAGCAGGAUUUGUUUUCUUUCUUCAUUUGAACAAUGGCAGCCAGAAAGAAGACUUUAUUGUCCAUCCAGGAGGCAUUGGAACUGGUAUUUGAGGACUCUCCGUCGGAAGAUAGUGAUCUUGUCACGCAUCAAGGGGACAGUAAUGACUCCGAUUAUGAAGUUCCACCAACGGAAAGUGCAUGCAGCCUUCAGUGGACAGACUGUCAGGCGGAACGUGAAAGAGCGUGGUGUGUGGCAGACUAAGAAUGUUACCGUUCCUGACGCUGUGGUGGACUACAACAGAAGCAUGGGCGGUGUGGAUGUGUCCGACGCUUUGAUUGGAUACUACAGUGUUCGUCACAAAACGAUGAAAUGGUACAAUACUUUUUUUUACCAUUUUAUGGACAUUUCCGUGGUGAACAGCUUCCUUCUCCACAAGGAGCUGCACAAGAGGAGGGGUGACCCCGCCAGGGAGAAGCCACUCACACAGAAGUCCUUCAGGGAGCAGCUUGCUAAAGAAAUGGUUGAGUUUUCUGGAGUCCCUGCAGCAGCACCACCCCGCCCACCAACCCCCCCACCAUCACUGACAUGCAUGCCCGAGCAUUAUGGGGAAGAUGCCACCACGGUCAGGAGGUACUGCAGGAAGUGCUCUGAUGCUGGCAGCAGAAGGGUGAAGACACCUGUGUACUGCAGGAAGUGUCAGGUCCCUCUGUGCUUCACUCCCAAAAAGAACUGUUUCAGGGCAUGGCAUGACUUACUGGAAUAAUACCAUAACAUUCAGGGUUGGUUUGUAUAAAGUUUUUACCUAAAGUGUGGUGUUAUUGUGUAGUGUGUUGCUAACUUUUUUUAAAUAAAUCUGCUCCAGUUGGAGUCAAAUGUU